AAUAAUUCCUAUAUAAAAUUUGUGUACCUUGGUACUAAAAGUAAUCACAUUUUUCUUCGAGUUCGGAGGUUUUGGCCGGACGAGACAACAACACCCACCAGUUGUUGCUUGCGCCUCUCUCAAGUCUCAAGUGAGAGAGAGACAGAGAGAGAGAAAAACAAACACAAACAAAAGAAGAUUUUAGAGAGAGUCAGAUUUUUCUUUUCGGUUCUAUUUGUCUUUAUCAGUCAAGCCAUGAUGUCUCCAAAUCUCCAGAUUUCAGCUCCUACUGCUUCUCCUUCAGGAGGAUCACAUCAGUGAAUUCUAUCCGCUAGUUGAGUUUAUUGCUUAAUAUCUUGUGGGAUCUUUCAAAGGAGCAAGAUGGGUUCCAGAUUCCCAUCUCAUCAGCUCAGCAAUGGCCUUUACGUAUCAGGCCGGCCAGAGCAACCAAAGGAAAGGACUCCAACUAUGAGCUCAGUUGCCAUGCCCUAUACUGGUGGAGAUAUCAAGAAGUCGGGAGAACUAGGAAAGAUGUUUGAUAUCCCUAUGGAUGGCUCUAAGUCUAGAAAAUCUGGACCUAUAACUGGUCCUCCUUCAAGGACUGGGUCUUUUGGAGGUGCUGCCUCACAUUCAGGACCAAUCCCUAAUGCUGCAGUUCGUGCUGGCUAUACUACAUCAGGUCCCGUAUCAUCUGGAGGCAUGCCUGGUCCAGCUUCCUUAAAGAAGUCAAAUUCUGGACCGCUAAAUAAGCAUGGGGAACCUCUUAAGAAGUCGUCUGGUCCUCAAUCUGGUGGGGUAACACCAACUGGCCGCCAAAACUCUGGACCUCUUCCUCCUGUUCUCCCUACAACAGGUCUCAUUACAUCUGGACCCAUUUCUUCUGGCCCACUAAAUGCUUCUGGGGCCCCUCGUAAGGUAUCCGGUCCUUUGGAGUCAAUGGGAUCAAUGAAAGUACAAGGUUCCUCCAUUGUUCACAAUCAGGCCAUUACUACUCUUAGUCAAGAUGACGAGUUUUCAUUUAGGAAGAGCUUCCCAAAGCUAAUUUUAUGGUCUUUGAUUCUACUUUUCGUGAUGGGGUUCAUAGCUGGUGGUUUUAUUCUAGGUGCAGUCCACAAUGCAUAUCUCCUCAUUGUGGUUGUGAUCCUUUUUGGUGCAGUUGCUACACUAUUCACAUGGAAUACUUAUUGGGGAAGACGAGCUAUUAUAGGUUAUAUUGCUAGCUAUUCAGAUUCUGAGCUGAGGACUGCGAAGAAUGGGCAAUUUGUGAAGGUCUCAGGGGUGGUCACUUGUGGCAAUCUGCCCCUUGAGUCGUCCUUUCAAAAGGUUCCUAGAUGUGUGUAUACAUCUACAAGUUUGUACGAGUAUCGAGGAUGGGAUUCAAAAGCUGCCAACCCUACACAUCGUCGCUUUACUUGGGGGCUCAGGUCCAUAGAAGGGCGUGUUGUAGAUUUCUACAUCUCUGAUUUCCAAUCUGGGUUAAGAGCAUUGGUUAAGACUGGCUCUGGAGCGAGGGUGACUCCUUAUGUUGAUGAUUCGAUUGUCAUUGAUGUGAACCCUGAAAAUGAAGAGUUGUCUCCAGAGUUUAUUAGGUGGUUGGGAGAGAGGAACCUUUCAAGUGAUGAUCGCAUGAUGCGUUUGAAAGAAGGGUAUAUUAAAGAAGGAAGCACAGUUAGUGUAAUGGGAGUUGUCCAGAGAAAUGACAAUGUGCUGAUGAUCGUUCCUCCCCCUGAGCCGAUCACGACGGGAUGCCAGUGGGCCAAAUGUAUCUUUCCAGCUAGCCUUGAGGGUAUUGUUUUGAGAUGUGAUGAAGCAUCAAAGAAUGAUGUCAUACCAGUUUAGCAGUAAAUUGAAUUGCAGACUUAUUUUAGGUAUUGCUCUUUUGAGAGUAUAUUCUUUCCCUCUAUUAUUAUUAUUGAUGAUGUUGGUGAUGGCGGUAGGAGUGAAGAAGUUGUGUUUGUAACAGAUUAAGAUAGGGGUGGUGGUGUUUAUUCCUUUUAACAUGGUGUAUAGUUUUCCU